AUGUUAAUGCCAUCAAUUCUCGUGUUAUUGGUAACUUUUCAUGGAUUUUCUGCUGGUUUUCUAGCUAAUCCUGGAGAUGGAGAUGAGAUCAUGGCAGAGAUUUCACACCUCCGCCAAGCAAUCCAGGAAUUAUCUACCCAGGUAAAGUCUUCCUGUGGGUGUGCUUCUACCUUAAAACCUCGUUGUCCUGACGGUUGGGAGAUGUUUGACAGUUCCUGUUAUUAUUUUGGUGUUGUUCCGAAAGCAUGGCAGGAUGCAGAGGUCGCCUGUGAAAGACUCGGCGGCCAUCUUGCAACCGUUCAUUCUUCAGAGGAAGAACAAUUUAUCCUGGAUUACGUACUCCGCGAGAGGAAAGCCUUGGUGGACAUGUCACAUGGUUAUACUUGGCUCGGGGGACACGACUUCUUACAGGAAGGCAAUUGGAUGUGGAUAACAGAUGAGGUGUUUAACUAUACAAACUGGAGAGUGACGAAUCCGGCCAGCAAUCAAGCGGAGGAUUGUAUGGAUUUGAGUGGUGGAGGGUGGAACGAUAACACGUGUUCAUAUAAACUGAAUUAUGUCUGUGAAAGGAAGACUUUCUAAAUGACGGAUAUUAC